AUGGCUGAGAAACUUCCCGAGAAGAUCGAAUAUGUUCAAACAGUGGCGGAUCCUCUCGCUGCAGGUGAGAUCAAAGAUGAUUUGCUGCUCGAGGCCAUGGGUUAUGAGCAACACAUGAAGCGGGGAUUUUCGAUGUGGUCCCUCACAGCGUUCUGUUUGACUGGCUUGGGUCUGUUGCCCUCACUCGGAGGGACAUUAUGGUUCAGUCUGGGGUACUUGGGUCUUCUGCCAAUGACGUGGGGUUGGCUCAUUGCGACGAUCUUCAUUCAUACUAUGGUUUUCUCGCUUGCUGAGUUGGGGUCGGCAUAUCCUACUGCUGGUGGACUCUACUACUGGACGUACUUAUUGGCUCCAAAGGGGAUCAAAGCAAUCAGUUGCUGGAUCACCGCAUGGAGCAUGGUAAUCUCAGCAGUACUAGGUGCAGCCUCGAUGUUCAUGACACAAGCCCAAAUGCUCGAGUCAUUCGUCAUCAUGUUCAACCCAGAUUGGUAUCCCACAGACUGGCAAACCUACCUUAUCUACCUCGCUCAUAUAAUUCUAUGUGGCCUCGUAAUGUGUGCGCCAUCGAAAACUCUUGGCCAAAUCAGCACCGUCUUUGCAUGGGUCGGCACCAUCGCAUUCUUCAUCAUUUUGAUAGUAUUACCAAUCAAGACCCCGCAACAUACAACAGCAAAGCAGAUAUUUACUGAAGCUUACAACCAAACUGGGUGGUCCAACAAGGGUUUGGUGUUCUUGUUCACGUUUCUGACUCCGAGUUGGUGUAUCUCGGGAUACGACUCUACUGUACAUCUCGCCGAGGAGACUUCCAACGCAGCAUGGGUUGUCCCCAACGCUAUGUGGAUAUCUACCCUUUCGCUUUCAAUCCUGGGCUACAUCUUCAACGUCGUGCUAGCAUACUGCUCCUUCGACAUCGACGCCAUUAUCGGGUCUUCCCUCGGCCAGCCCCUUGGAGCCAUCCUCGUCUCGGCAUGCGGCAACGGAGCCUUGACUAAAGUCCUCUGGGCGGCGACGGUCAUCUCAAACUUUGGGGUCAUUUUCGUUAUGACGACCUCCAGCUCUCGCAUCAUUUUCGCAUAUGCGAGAGAUGGAGCGCUGCCAUUUCAGAGAUGGAUGAGUCAUGUUAAUAGAGUUACGAAGACGCCUAUCAAUGCUACAGUUGCGCUGUGUAUUUCGGUGAGCUUGGUGGGGUUGAUCAGUCUGGGGAGUUCGACUGCUUUGAAUGCUUUCUUUGCUGGAAGUAGCUUAGCUGGAGCUAUUGCAUACUUGAUGCCCGUUCUCAUGAGAUGCAUCAACGAAAAUAAUCCAGACUACCAUCCAGGAGUCUUCAGUAUGGGUAAAUGGUCAAAACCAGUUCGCUGGAUUGCUGUCAUCUGGGCUAUUUUCAUGCUCCCCAUCUUCUCGUUCCCAACCACACCAAACCCGACAGCGAAGACGUUCAAGUGGACUGUGCCGAUCUAUAUUGGUAUCAUGUGUAUUAUUGUCCCUUGGUACUUUUUCAGGGCAAGGAAGUGGUUCUUUGGUCCUGCUGGAUUGGUGGAGGGCCAUUAA